ACAAUGUGGAAGUGCUCAUAAAAUAGAAACAGGCUCUGUCCUACUGACAAGAAUAACAUAGAAAUUUGCCAUAUUCAAGAAAGAAGAAUAAAAAUUAACGAAAGAAGUAAAAAAAGGUGAAAAAAGGUGAAGGAGAAGAAGAAGAAGAACAAAACAGAAAAGUUCGUAUAAUGAUUCUGCAUCCGCCGUGUGUUGACAAUAAUUCUCCAUCUGUGUAGCCACUGGUAAUAUUGGUAUCUGUUUCAGCGCAAGUAAAAUAUUUUACAUUGCGUGAGUGUCGAAACAUAACAAAGUUCUUGUAAGUUUAUUGAUGGUGUAUUGAAUAAGCUAAUGAAGCAACUACAUGUGAAGUGAUUAAUAUCCAACGCUGAAUCGAUAGUGCUGUACAUUGAAUGACUCAUCAAGAGAGCUGUUGCUGAACAAUUCGAAGGUCCAAUUUGAUGUUUUAGCUGGAUACAUUUCUUUGUGUGCAAAUGCAUAGUUGGUUUACAAGUUUUAUAUUCAACUGGUGAAAAACCUCUGGAACAUUUAAUCGCAUACACAACUGCUAACAAUUCAGUGCAUGCCAAAUUUCUGUAAGCCCAUAUACUAAGACGAGGCAAACUCGGACAAUUCCUGAACACUGGUGAGACAAAAAAGAAAACGUGGAGUGCACACAACGAAAUCGAGAGUAUCGAGAAGGUGUUGAAUAAGCGGUGUUAAAUCGACACCGCGGACGGAAUCAAAAUGGAUUCUUUCUUCAGAUUACGCCGAUCUUCGCAUGCGCCUAGUACCAGUAACCAGGAGCCGUUGAUUGUGGUGGAAGAAUCAGAAAACUGCGAGAAAGAAGAGGAAAUAAGUCACACCUCGUCGCCGCGGCAAAGUUUAGAUAUCGACUCACCCGAAAACCCAUAUCUCCUCUCGCCAUGGCGUGAUCCCCGUGAAACCCGCAAACAUUCCCUGCCAACACCGCCAUGCACCAGCGGUAUCACGGCCAGCCAAGUGCGACGCCUCUCGGAGCGUGGUGGAGAGGGCUCCGGUCCAUCGCCCCGCGAACAGGCGUUCCUGGCCACCUUGUACAGUUCACCUGCACCGCAACCGGGCGGACGGAGACAUUCUGUCGUCACAAUCAGCAAGGUCCCACCGACACUUUUCGGCCGCAACCGACGGGAGUCGAUUGCUGCGCUUCCUGCUGGACAGAGAUCCGCAGCAAGUUCUCGUCGGGAAAGCAAAACUGGCCCACCACCGUCAACAGAUCAUAGAGGUAGUAUACACAAUUUACAAUUAGAUAUAAUGGAUGAUAUAGUACAAGCUAGAAAGGCGCGUAUGAAGUUAUGGAAUACGAGCAAUGAGAAAGUAUGUGAAGUUCAAACACUGGAUGAAGCUGGUGCUGGUUCUAGUUCACCGAUGCGUUACACGAAUAGGCGUUAUUCGGAUUUUGUGGGUACGACGUUGCCGCCAAUUCAGUCGUUCAGACGCGCGUCCGAAAUGCCUAUUUCGCCGUCUGCCCCGCUAACACCAGCAACAGCGUCAUUAUCGAAACAAAUUAGCGCGUCACCAAAAACCACCAUAUCGGGAAUAGUCUGUACAAAUACUGACCUAAUAUCUCUUCUAUCGUCCCUAGCUUCUUCGGCAACUGAAAUAAAUAGAUGUGGUGAUAAAGACUAUCCAACCCCUCAAACUCCUCAAUCAUCAUCAUCAUUUAAAUCCAUCACUAAAAUCCCUCCAGAAGCAAGCGGUAGCAAUCUAAAGAAAAAUCGAUCCAAUAGUUUUGACAUUUCCCUGUAUCACAAUAUCAAGCAAUUAGCGACUGGGUCAAGCUCGAGUGCAACUGAGCAGGAGAAAUCUUCCGUUGAGCCGGGAUGGUUUGCCAAACGACAUCAACCGAUGGCACGGAGAAAAUCCAUGAAAUCUCCUAACGCUACAGUAUCAUUCGCCAAGGAAGCAAUAGACAAGCUGCGUGACAAAUCAGACUCCAAAACAGGGGAUUCGACAAAGCCAAAGGCGAAGGAGUCACGGUCACCGCUGAGCAAGUUGAAGUGGGACGGUAGAAGUGCGAUUGUGGAUGCGCGUAUGAUUGGACACGCUAUCGAGAAUUUCAUCACGGGCUCUGGCUCUUCAAAGAAAUCAUCCAGUUCGAAGGAUUCCUCGGCUAAGUCCAAAAAAGCCUCAUCGUCGUCCAGCUGGUUUGGAAAGGCAGAUGAUGACGACUCUAACGAUACUUGUGACUCAUCGCUGUGCUCAACAUUAAAGGAUUUGUUCGUGAAGUAAAUCAACUCGAGUGCAGUGGGAUAACCGUGGAGUGCGGAAUGCAGUGUGCGAAUGGGGUUACAUGAUUCGCAUGGGAAAAUGUGUCGCAUAAGGAUGCUUUGGACAUUCUACGGAGGCAACUGAAGCUGACUAACCCACCAAUAAUAGUACAUUUGUGUCCAGAUUCUGAGAGCUUUUUUUCACUAGGGGUCCGGUACUUGCUUGCUAUUCUUACCUUCUCUUUAUUUUACCUUUUAUGCUAAACUGCCGCCUUGGCUGACAUAAAGACAUACUGGAUUGUAUCCAGAGUA